UGCCGGGGCACUGCUAGCCUGCUGGGUGUGGCUGAUACAUUAUGUAGGAGCUUGAGGCUUGUGUGCUGAGAGCUAUGCUUGGCUCGGCUCUCAGUCUGUGAGUGUGUGAGGCUUUGGGUUUGAGGCGGAGCGGCAGGGCCAGAGCAGCGUGUGUAACUGGAAACCAAGGUCUCCACUGUUCUCCCCUGUCAGACACUCGGCUACUUUCCAUUCACUCAGAAGCUGAGGAGUCGGCGGGUUCGGAAAACGGAGAAGAGCUGACAGACGCAAUAGGAGUUUGGAAAAAAGGAUUAUUUCCCCAAAGUCCCCUAACAGGCACAUGGGCUAAUAGGAAAGGAGUUUGGGAUUACAAAGCUCUGCUGGAAGUACCAUAAUCUUGGACGUGAGGCGGCAGGUUUAAUGGCUGAGCUCUCGUGAUUCCUUCCUUCCAAACUUGGGUUGCCUCAUCUGGACAAAUAAAAACAUUUAGCCAAAAUGGCAGCCACAACCAUCCAAGUGCUGAUCGGCCUGGUGUUUUGUUCAGCCUGUGUUACAGGAACGCUGCAAGCAAGAAUUUUUCUGACGCUCCAUGAACUUCAAGAAACCAAAACAUCUGAAUUCUACAGUAUAUCCCAGAGUCCACUGGAUUACAGGAUUUUAUUAAUGGAUGAAGAUCAGGACAGGAUCUAUGUUGGCAGCAAGGAUCAUAUUUUGUCUUUAAAUAUUAACAAUAUAAGCCACGAUCCUCUAAGUGUUUUCUGGCCUGCUUCUACUAGCAAAGUUGAAGAGUGCAAGAUGGCUGGCAAAGAUCCCACACAUGGCUGUGGAAACUUUGUGCGGGUAAUUCAGAAUUUCAACCGAACACACUUGUAUGUAUGUGGCAGUGGUGCAUUCAGCCCUGUUUGCACAUAUAUCAACAGAGGCCGUAGGUCUGAGGAUCAUAUUUUUGCAAUUGAUUACAAGAAUGAAUCAGGCAAAGGACGCUGCUCUUUUAACCCCAAAGUGAACACGGUUUCAGUUAUGAUUAAUGAAGAGCUGUUUUCUGGGAUGUAUAUAGACUUCAUGGGCACUGACUCAGCCAUAUUUCGAAGUCUCACAAAACGUAAUGCAGUCAGAACAGAUCAGCACAACUCAAAAUGGCUGAGUGAGCCGAUAUUUGUGGAUGCGCAGCUACUUCCAGAUGGAACAGAUCCUAAUGAUGCAAAGGUUUAUUUCUUCUUGAAAGAGCGGCUGACUGAUAACAGUGGAAGCACAAAGCAAAUUCAUUCCAUGAUAGCAAGAGUCUGCCCUAAUGAUAUUGGUGGACAAAGAAGUCUUGUUAACAAGUGGACUACAUUUUUGAAGGCUAGACUGGUAUGCUCAGUGAUGGAUGAUGAUGGAACAGAAACCUAUUUUGAUGAAUUAGAGGAUGUUUUUCUAAUGGAAACAGACAAUCCUAGGACUACACUUGUGUAUGGAAUUUUUACAACAUCAAGUUCCGUAUUUAAAGGAUCUGCAGUUUGUGUUUACCAUAUGUCAGACAUCCAAACUGUAUUUAAUGGACCAUUUGCACACAAAGAGGGUCCAAAUCACCAACUGAUACCAUACCAGGGUAGAAUUCCAUACCCUAGGCCUGGUACGUGUCCCGGAGGUGCAUUCACCCCAAAUAUGAAAUCAACCAAAGAGUUUCCAGAUGAUGUUGUAACCUUUAUCAGGAAUCACCCUCUUAUGUUUAACUCUAUCUAUCCAACACUUAAGAGGCCGCUUCUUAUAAGGACAGGAACUGACUACAAGUUCACAAAAAUAGUUGUAGACAGAGUAAAUGCAGCAGAUGGGAAGUACCAUGUCUUAUUCCUUGGAACAGACAAAGGGACUGUUCAGAAAGUUGUUGUUGUUCCUGCUAAUGGUUCAGCAAGUGGGGAACUCAUCUUGGAAGAAAUGGAAGUAUUUAAGAGUCAUGCUCCUAUAACCUCCAUGAAGAUUUCUUCAAAAAAGCAACAACUGUAUGUUAGCUCAGAAGAAGGCAUUACCCAGUUGUCUUUACAUCGCUGCCACAUUUAUGGUACUGCCUGUGCUGACUGUUGCCUUGCAAGGGACCCAUAUUGUGCUUGGGAUGGAAAAUUUUGUUCCAGAUUUUAUCCAUCUGGAAAAAGGAGAAGUAGAAGACAAGAUGUGAAGCAUGGAAAUCCAGUUACCCAGUGUCGUGGAUUUAAUUUAAAAGGAUAUAGGAACACUGCAGAAAUUGUUCAGUAUGGGGUUAGAAACAACACAACUUUCCUAGAGUGCAUUGCUAAGUCUCCACAGGCUUCUGUCAAGUGGCUGCUGCAAAAAGAUAAUGAUCGGAGGAAAGAGGUGAAAUUAAAUGAAAGGAUCAUUGCUACUGGUCAAGGACUCCUUAUUCGCUCUGUCCAGGAAGUGGAUCAAGGUCUUUAUCAUUGUAUUGCCACAGAAAACACCUUCAAGCAGACAAUAGCAAAGGUUAAUUUAAAAGUUCUAGAGCCAGAGUUAGUCACAUUCAUGACGGAUAAAUCUCAGUGGCUUUGGGCCAGUACUUUGAGUGGAAUGCAGUUCCAUCCAAAGGAUCUCACAGGUGCAUUCAGUCACUCGGAAAUGCAAAUAAUUAACCAGUACUGCAAAGAGAGUCGGCAGAAAACUCGACAAGAAGCAGAAAAUCAGAAAAUGAGAGGGGACUAUAGCAAGUUAAAGGUUCUUUUAAACACCAGAAAAAGUAGAAAUCGAAGAAACCAUUUUCCUGGAUCGUAGGCCUGCAAGUUUCCUUGCUUAUGGCAACACCAUACUUUUGUUCUUUACAACUAUUGUAAGUGAAAAUACUUAAAUAAUCUUAUAAACUAUGGGAUAUUUAUAUGCGCAACAUCUAUUGAAUAAACAUCUCAGAAUGUCUUUUUAACACCUACAGUAAUUUGCAUGGCCUUAAAGCACCCAGCACAAUAACGACUCCUUAACCUUAUUUAUUAGAUUGCAUUUCAGGUAGAAAAUAAAGUGAAUUUUCAGUAUUUUUGUCUGAAUACACACUCAUGUUCCUUUUUUGUUUACCGAUCUAACUGUAAAAUAGAGGGUUCAAUAUUUUCUUGAGUAUGUGGUUGUUUAGAAACCUGUCUUUUGGUAAAAGAACAAAAUAAGAACAUGACGGAUCAAAAUGUUCUAUUAUAAAUUAUAUUACCAUUAUUCUAGUGACUUUUUUCUAGGCUGAUACAUUGUUAAUGGACUGGAAUGAGUAGCAAUGUUGAAAUCUGAAGGCAAGCACAAUUGGUUGAAAAUAAGUCUAGUAAACUUGGAUGGCUGGAUCGUAGCUGGAAAUCUUGGCAUGGUUGAAAUGAAUUGUGAGGAUCUAAAAAGUGUUUGUUUUUUUAUGUUUGUUUUUUCACAGUCUUAAAAUUCUUUAAUCUGUAGAAUAUACCAAAGUACAGGUAUAUUAUUUAUGGCUUAGUUUUACAAAGUGUAAAUGUGUUCUUUGAUCUCAAACUCUUAUCAAAGCACCAUUAUUUCACUCAAUGCAUCUUACCUGAACUUUUUAUAUCUUAGCAUUAUACCUGUCUGUGUAGCAAUGACGGUAUUUCAGAGGGAGCAAUGCAAAAAAAAAAGUGUAGUGCAGAGCUUGCAGCUAAUAAGGCAAAUAAUCAGGAAGCCAAUCUGUGUGGCACAAGUAACUGCUUCUCUGUUUGAGGUAUCAUUUUUAUACUCUAUUUUUAUUUUUAAGAACCACUUAUCAAUAUUUUUUUUUUAAAAGAAUACUAAAUGCAAUUUUUGUUUUUUUUUUUAUUUCAUAAUAUAUAAAGGCUUAAGCCAUACUUUGUAAUAGUAUGGAUGGGGUAGCCUCUAUUCAAGAUUUGUGCACAUACUAUCCAAUACAUUUGUGCCAGAUGCUUCAGUAAAACAUUAUCCAUUUGUUCAUAUAUAUUUAGAUUCCAUAACAAUUUUAAAGGGGUUGUUCACCUUUAAGUUAACUUUAGUAUAAUGUAGAGAGUAAUAUUCUGAGACAAUUUGCAAUUGGUUGUCAUUUUUUAGUUAUUUCUUUUUCAGUUCAGGUGCUCUCCAGUUUGCAGUUUAGCAGUUAUUGGUUGCUAGGGUCCAAGUUACUUUAGCAACUAGUGGUUGAAUGAGAGACUGUUAUGAAUAGGAGAGGGCCUAAAUAGAGAAGAAAGUUACAAAAAGUAACAAUAAUAGUAAAAUUGUAGCCUCACAGAGCAAUAGUUUUUUUGGCUCCCUGGGUCAGUGACCCCCAUUUAAAAAACGGCAAAGAGUUAAAAAGAAGAAGGAAAAUAAUUAAAAAACUAUAACAAAUAAAAAAUGGAGACCAAUUGACCAAUAGGUCAUUCUAUAACAUAAGGUGAGCCAUCCCUUUAUUACUGCCUUUCUUUUCUUAUAUCCAUCUUCGCUACUUAAUAAUAUUUCUGUAGAUGGGCAAAUUAACAACAUAUGGUUUUUACAGAAGUUCACAGAACCCAGGUUUCCUUCAUGCACAAAUAAAAUAGAUUACUUUUAAUAACAAUGUCCCUUAAAAAUGUGUCUAUAUUCUAAUGCCUGUUAAAAUGUUUUUUUUUAUAAUACAUUAACUGGUAGCUAACUCAGCCCAAGGGACUUUGCCAAUUCUUCAAAGAUUUUACCAAAUGUUAACAUUGUUCAUACACUAAUCAAAUAGAGUACCGACACAGAGACACGGUGCAUGAAUAAUUUCUCCCUAGCUCUCUAUGCAAGCUGUUUCCUCUAGGUCACAAUCUGUAUAAAUGAACUAUAGCAGCUCUAUAUACAGCAGAAUAUAAACACAGACUAUUUCUGUACUCACUGUACUUGGCAAAAUAAUUACUGUAGAUUUGUUGAUUAGACUUAUAUUUUGCCGACAUUAAGCACACAUCUUUUUGUUUACACUAAAAGCAUUUAGUAGCAAUAUUUCCUCAAGCCUCUUCUGUACUUCAUACCUAAUGCACUAUGAUGGCAUUUGUACACAUUGCAGAAGCAUAAUGGUUAUAGUAGUGUGUGUUCAAUAUGU